AUUACAAGUUCAACCAAAAGAUAAACAUUAUAUCAUUUAUAGGACAAAUUUGUUAUAUGUUUUUCUUUUUUAAACUUAAUUAAGCAUGGUAGCGAGUGGUUGUAGAUUCCAAAAAAACCGUAGCGUUAAUCUAAAUUAGGAUUUGAGAGACUAUAAAGAUCCGAAGACGAUGAACAAAGAACUCACUCCCCCACACCAAACCCUAAGGGACCAAUAAAUAAAGCAACCCCAUCACAAAAUGAGUUCCUCAACACUACGUUGCCUUGUUGUGGCGCUGUGUGUGGUGGUGCUUUUGUAUUGUCCCAUGGCAGCAAAUGGCGAACAAGGGUUGGCGGAACAAAUCUGCAUGGAAAGCUUCGAAGACAAGGAAGGGUGCAUGGCGCUGGUAAAGCAAGCCGAUCCUAAGAUCGCGAGUGCAAGAAGCUUGGAAGAUCUAGCUCAGGCAACCCUAGAAUGGGCCGUGAGCAAGUCAUCGGAGGCUCAAGCGUUCCUGAAGGAGUUGGCUAAGAUGGAGAAUAAUCCAGCCAUAGUGCAAUGCGCGAAUUUCGACUACGAUGGUGUGGUUGGAUCCUUCAAGAGCGCCUUACAAGAGUUGAAAGAAGAUCCUCAAACCGCUAGCUAUGAUGCGAAAGCUGCUGGUGAUGGACCUGAUUGUUGUGACAGAGGCUUGGCUUCUGCAAAUAUUAACAACCCUGCUGUUACCGCUCUUAACCGCCAAAUUUUCCUCCUCAGCAACAUGGCCUUCACCGCCGUCAGUAAAUACAGUGAUUAAUUCAAUUCGCCACCUCAACUUGUCAUCGAUGCUUAUCCUUAAGUGUGGGGUGUUGCUAUAUACUUUUCGGUCUUCUUUGGUGUGGGGGAGUGCAACUCAUUAAUAAAAGAGAAUUUCUUUCCUCCACUCAAUUUUG